UUCUCCCUCCGAGUGACCCAGAGAUGUCUGAGAAGAAGGCCGUGUUGUUCAACCUCUGGGGCGUCGCGGUCCCGUCCGGGCCUCACGCGGCCCUGCACCGGCUGGAGGACCUGCACGGGCUGCCGGGCGGUUUCCUGUCCGGAGUGGCGUCCCUGAAGGACGGCGCCGUGAGCCGGGCGGAGCGAGGCCAGCUGACGCUGUCUCAGAUGAUCCCGGCCUUCGAGGCGGAGUGCGUGAACGAGGCCCGGGUCAAGGGCGUGACUCUGCCGUCUGAUUGGUCGGCGAGACGCCUGCUGGAGGAGCUCAGAGAGACUGCGAUGGAUGUCCAACCCGCCGUGCUGAAGACGGCCGCCAGUCUGCGUAAAAAUGGGUUACUGACAGCUGUUCUGGCCAAUCACUGGCUCGUCGACGACGCCGCAGAAGGCGGGCCGGCCCGCCUUCUCUCUCAGCUGGGCGCCAGCUUUGACCUGGUCCUCCUGUCCUGCCGCUCAGGUCACAGGGUCCCAGAGCCCGCCAUGUUCAGCUGUGCUCUGCAGCAGCUUGGAGUGACAUCACGACAGGCCGUGUGGCUGGACGCAGAGCAGGAAGGGGUGAAGGCCGCAGAGGGAGCCGGCAUGACGGCCAUCUUGGUGGAACACCUGGACGACGCCUUGAACCAGCUGGCCAUCUUCACUGGGGUUCAGGCUGUCGGAGCAGAGAGUCCUCCUCCAUCCUGCAGCCCUGAAGAUGUGUCACAUGGAUAUGUCACCAUCAGGCCUGGUGUGAGGACUCACUAUGUGGAGAUGGGCUCAGGUCCACCAGUACUUCUGUGCCAUGGCUUCCCUGAGAGCUGGUACUCCUGGAGGUACCAGAUCCCGGCCCUGGCUGCAGCAGGGUUCAGGGUGUUGGCUCUGGACAUGAAGGGAUACGGAGAGUCCACUGCGCCUCCAGACAUCGAAGAAUAUUCUCUGGAGCAGCUUUGCAAGGAUUUAAUCACAUUUUUGGAUAAAAUGGCGAUGCCUCAGGUCACCCUGGUGGGUCACGACUGGGGCGGCGUGCUGGUGUGGACCAUGGCUCAGUAUUUCCCUGAGAGAGUCCGGGCUGCAGCGUCUCUGAACACUCCUCUGUUCCCCGUGGACCCGUCCGUCAGUCCUGAACAGAAACUCAAGAACGUUCCCAUCUUUGAUUACCAGCUGUACUUCCAAAGAGCCGGCGUAGCAGAGGCCGAGCUGGAGAAAGACCUGGAGAGAACUUUCAAGAUUUUCUUCUCCAGUAGUGCUGAAGCGGGGAAGCGUCCUGCGAUCAGCACCGCAGGAGUCUGUGCUCGAGGAGGCCUGUUUGUGGGUCUGCCGGAGCAGAUUCCUCUCAGCUGCGUGCUGACGAAGGCCGACCUGCAGUACUACGUCAGCCAGUAUGAAGAGCGCGGCUUCAGGAGGCCGUUGAACUGGUAUCGUACCCGGGAGCUGAACUGGAAGUGGAUGUGCUCUCGUCCAACUGGAAAGCUGCUCAUGCCGGCUCUGAUGGUGACGGCAGGUAAAGACCAGGUGCUGCUGCCGGCCUUCUCCAAGGGAAUGGAGGACCUGAUCCCGAACCUGAGCAGAGGACACAUUGAGGAGUGUGGACACUGGACUCAGAUGGAGAGGCCGGAGGAGACCAACCGCCUCCUGAUCUCAUGGCUGAAGGAAAACCUGAAGAGGGCUGGAGGCGUUACCAUGGCACCCAGGCUGUGAGGGGGGAGGGGGGCAAGAUGAUUACGUCACAGUUAUAUCAACCUAAUAAUAAAACAAAUCAGCCUCAA